AAUACUUACUGUAAACAGAAUAUCGAUACGAGCUUUUCUCAUCAGUUCAACGAUCCAAUUUGAACAGUUCAAUUUCAUCGGUGUUGGCGCGCACUUCGAAGUAUAAGCGACAAAAAUUGCGGCAUAUCACGACCAUUCUAACCAACGCGCAGGCCUCCUAGAAAAGUGAAACGAGAAUUAAAUAAAUUGUAUAAAUUGAUGCUGUACAAGCUGCCAAUAGCACUAUAGUAAUUAUCACUCACUUAACGGCACAACCACAAUGAAGCGUUCGUUCUUCGUCUUACAUUGACAUUAUUCGGCGGCGAGGUCAAACUUUUAAUUGAAUUACGUGCAUACAUACAUACAUACAUACAAACAUAUAUGUAAUACCGUAUUACAGAAAAAAAAUUAAAAUAAAAUCAAAUAAAUAACGGCGGCAGGCAAGUCUCUAUCCCAGCCCGUUCAACAACUAACUACACAUUUACCUCAGUAGCUGCAGUGUCAGCUGGAUAUGCACUGAGUGCUGCUGGCACUCAAUUACCCUAGAGGCAAUGGAAAAUCAUCUGGGUUUACCUGCAACGUUACAACGCGGCACCUUUGUUUUACUGCUUUGGGCGUUCAUCCUGCAGGCGGCAAUCAUACAAUGGGGUGCACCCGUUGUCACAGCAGAAGUGUCAGCCAAUGUUGUCCGCCCUCUCACAAGCGAUACACCAGCAGAGCCGGCGUCGCCACCCCGCACAUGUAAAUCCAUCGAUGUGCGCAAACCUAAGGAUUUAACAUUGCUGCGGAACUGCACACGUGUGAUGGGCCAUGUUGCGCUGGCGAACUUACAAUUCACGCCGAUCGAUGCCGAAACGCUGCAAUUCAACUUCCCCGUAGAAGAGAUUACCGAUUAUCUGUUAGUGCAUCGAGUGCAUGGCCUACACAGUUUAAAGCUCAUAUUUCCAAAUCUCAAAAUUAUACGCGGCCGCCAAUUGCUGUUCGAUGAAUUUGCAUUGGUAGUGCAUGAAAAUCGUGAUUUAACCGAUUUGGGUCUCAAGUCAUUGCUACGCAUACAGGCGGGUAAUAUACGUAUCGAAAAUAAUCCAACUUUGUGCUAUGUGGAUACUGUGAGUUGGGUGUAUCUAUUGGGCAACAGUACGCAGCAACAUUUCUGGCAUAAGAAUAAUAAAUUGCACAAUCACUGCCCGCUAUGUGUCCGCACCAAGGACGAAAUUGUGGAAGAGGAAAAUACUCCAGAUAAACUGCACAAGCAUUGUUGGAACUAUUAUACACCGCAAGAGUGGCCACCUACGUACAACUAUAUCGGUUGCGUUAAUGAAUGCAGCGUACGUGGUUGCAAUCGAGAUGGUGUAUGUUGUGAGAAUAAUUGUCUAAGCAGUUGUAAUGGGACGGAUUGUGAGCUGUGCGCGAAUCUGAAUUUGAAUCGAACGUGCGUUGACACUUGUCCACAGGACUACUACCAGUAUCAGAAACGCGAUUGCAUAACGGCUUCAAAGUGCCUGCAGCUUGGUUGGAUACCGUAUGCCGAUUCUUGCGUGGAAGCAUGUCCCAGGAACCAUUUGAAAACCAUCGAUGCGUAUGGACAACCAUUCUGUAAAUUAUUAUGCACUGGAAAUUAUGUGAUUAAUACAGCGAGCGAUGCUGAAAGCUUAACGGGCUGUAUUACCAUAAACGGCUCACUGACCAUCGAGUUGAAGGAUAUUAAAACGAAAAUCAGUGAAUUGGAAAAGGCUAUGGUUAAUAUAACUGAGAUCACUGGUUCUCUCAAGGUGGUGAAAUCACCACAGCUGCUAACGCUACACUUCUUGCGCAAUUUAGUUACCAUACGCGGCGAACAGCUGUUUGAGGAUUUGUAUGCGUUUUAUGUUGUUGAUAACUACCAUUUAAAAGAGCUUUGGACACCAAACCAAAAUGUUGCCGUUCUUAACGGUAACAUUUACUUCCACUUCAAUCCUCAAUUGUGCCUAAGUAAGAUUCGUGAACUGGAACCAUCAUUGAAGAAAGUGGGGAGCAUUACCACUAUAAAUGUUUCUCCACACUCGAAUGGCGAACGUGUGAUUUGUAACAGUAAAGUGAAGACUCUAAAUGUGACUCUUGAGGAUAAGAAUUCCACUGCUAUACGCCUGAAAAUAGAUCCGUAUACUUCUGAUAAUAUUCAAAUUAUACUUGGAUAUGUAUAUUAUUAUAUGGAAGCGCCUAUCCAAAAUGUCACACUCUACGAUGGGCGGCAUGGCUGUGGACACGAUAAUUGGCGCAUGGAUAUAAAUCCCACGAAAAAUGUACGUUAUAUCAUCUCAAAUUUGAAACCUUACACACAGUACGCAUAUUUUGUGAAGACACUCACUAUGACUGAUUAUCAUAUACAAGUGGAUGCCUAUUCAAAAAUUCAAUACGUACGCACGUUACCCAGUAAACCGGGACCGGUGAGAAGAUUAUAUUACUCUGCUAUUGAUAUAGACAAAGUGGUUCUGCAUUGGUGGCCACCACGCAUUCCCAAUGGAGCUAUUGAAAAGUAUUUAAUUCAUCACGAGCAGGUGUUUAUUAAGAAACAAAACAUUAGUUUGGGUAACCAUCCAGACUUUUUGAAACAUCCAACAGCAUGCGAAUGCCCUAUUAUAAAUCCAGAAAAUAGUGGGCCAGCACCUUCUGAUGAAAAUUACUACAGCAAAGUUCAAUUAGUUUACGAAGAAACUUUGCCUAAUUUGAUUUUUGUAGCCCGGAGAUUAGAUAACCAGCGAGUUCGCCGCGACGCCACGGUCACGACUUGUAUGAAAGGUAUAAAUUGUAUAGAUGAUGUGUCUCCCAUCUCACCCAAUAACAUGAUGGAUUUUCCGGAAAGCACUGAUAGUCAUAUUCGUCGAACACGCAAAUCAUCGGAUAAUGAAAGCAAAGCAGCAGACGAAAAGAAUACAACUAUCAAAGAUGAACAUGGCCUAGAAGGCGAUCCGAAUUUCAUUGAGGCCAUACGCAAUUUCAAUCGAUACCAAAAGGAGAUGGAGAGACGUGCACUCAGAGCACAGGAUACUGGCCCAGAUAUGUUCCCUAUUAUUAAGCCGCGAUCAGUGUGUCCGCUGUUCGAUGCCCCCGUGGAGUAUCAGCUGCAAAACAAUUGUCGGCCACAGGAACAAUUCGAUGGGAUAGAAGUACCAGGUCACUUACAUUCCUAUACGUUAGAAGAACUCGAACCAAAUCUAACUUAUCGCAUUACUAUACGCGCUUGUGUGGCUGAUAUGAUGAAUGGUUGCGGCAGUGAAACAACUAUAUACGCGGAAACAGUCAGUAAAAGUAUGGAGGAAUUCAUAGCUGGUUUGAAGUCAAUGGAUUGACAAUCUGAUGAGAAAACGCCGCACAAAAUACACAAAUAUGAAAUUUUCAAAUUUUUAAAAUCGCAAUUUGUUUUAUUAUAAAUCUUUAUUAUAUAUUUCAAUUAAAUGACAUUUACAUACAA